GGCCUCGGUUUCCCGCCGGAAAUCGUCAUCUUAUCGCGCCGGAAGCGGAACCUCUUUCCUUUCUUGUUUCUGCUCAGUAAAGAGACGCACACAGCAGAAGAUGGCUCCUCGUAAAGGGAAGGAGAAGAAGGAGGAGCAGGUGAUCAGCCUGGGUCCUCAGGUGGCCGAGGGCGAGAAUGUCUUCGGCGUCUGCCACAUCUUCGCCUCCUUCAACGACACCUUCGUCCACGUCACUGACCUCUCUGGAAAGGAGACGAUCUGCCGUGUGACCGGUGGGAUGAAGGUGAAGGCGGACAGAGACGAGUCUUCUCCGUACGCUGCCAUGUUGGCGGCUCAGGACGUCGCUCAGCGCUGCAAAGAGCUCGGCAUCACGGCACUGCACAUCAAGUUGAGGGCCACUGGAGGCAACAGGACAAAGACUCCUGGUCCUGGAGCCCAGUCUGCUCUCAGAGCUCUGGCUCGAUCCGGCAUGAAGAUCGGGCGCAUCGAGGACGUCACGCCGAUCCCGUCAGACUCGACCAGGAGGAAGGGCGGUCGCCGCGGUCGCCGUCUGUAAACUGUAAACAGCGACAUUUUCACCACAAUAAAAGAUUAAAGUCGA